CUCCUGCGCCGCUGCCACCCAGUGGUGCUGGCCGCGGCUGCGAGACUCCGCCGCCGGCUGGGUGCCGCUCGCGGGCAGGUGGCGGCGGGAGAAGCAGGAAGCGGGCCGGGCCGGGCCGGGGAGCAGGAUGGCGGCCGGGGACUCGGAGAACAUCCGCUACUGUGCGCGCUUCUCCUACCUCUGCCUCAAGUUCACCCUCAUCGUCUACUCCACGUUCUUCUGGUUGAUAGGAGCACUUGUUCUUGCUAUUGGAAUUUAUGCAGAAGUUGAAAGACAGAAGUAUAAAACCCUUGAAAGUGCCUUUCUAGCCCCAGCAAUUAUUUUAAUACUCUUGGGCAUUGUAAUGUUUCUUGUAUCAUUUGUGGGUGUAUUGGCUUCUUUAAGAGACAAUAUAGGCCUUCUUCAAGCAUUUAUGUACAUCCUUGGUAUUUGUCUCUUCAUUGAACUGGUUGGUGGAGUUGUGGCACUAAUCUUCAGAAAUCAGACAAUUGACUUUUUAAAUGAUAAUAUCCGAAGAGGAAUUAGGAAUUAUUAUGAUGAUCUGGACUUCAAAAACAUAAUGGAUUUUGUUCAAAAGCAGUUUAAGUGUUGUGGUGGGGAAGAUUUUAAAGACUGGUCACAGAAUCAGUACCAUGCGUGUUCUGCACCAGGGCCAUUAGCCUGUGGAGUGCCCUAUACUUGUUGUAUUAGCAAUAAGACAGACAUUAUGAACACUAUGUGUGGAUAUAAAAUGAUUGACAGAGAGCCUCUGAGUGUUCGAGACAUUAUAUAUAUCCGAGGAUGCACAAAUGCAGUACUCAUUUGGUUCUUAGACAACUACAGCAUCAUGGCUGGCGUCAUGCUUGGCAUAUUGUUACCCCAGUUCCUUGGAGUGUUGUUAUCUUUACUUUACAUAACUCGCGUAGAGGAUAUCAUUGCUGAAUACAAACUUAAUGAGAAUCUUUUACAAGAAACACAGCCGAAAUCAGAAACUGAAUUUGCAAGCGCAGGUUGCUGUAUGUGUUAUCCUGAGUAAUGUAGCUGCCAUGCAAGAUCUCAACUGCUGUUUAAAAAAAAACAAAUCUUGUGUUGUGGCUUGUAUGUAUUUCCACAGAUCUUAAAGAUCUUGAGCCUAAUUAAUCUGUAAACCUUUUUGAUUUUUUUUUAAAAAGUGUACUUCAAAAACAGAACCUUAACUCUCUCCACCUUGUGUUCUUAACUGCUUUUCCCAAAACUUUGAGUAUGCUUUGAAUUUUCACAGGAUCUCUCAGGCUGUGCACUCUGGGGCAUUUCAUACCCUGGAGAGUGCUAAAUCUCAUGAGAAUUAAAACGUGGGCCAGGUAAUCCGUUGUAUUUUAUAGGAAUGUGGGUUCUGCAGAGGCAGAAGCGUUGCCACCAUAGUGUAGCUUAGUUCAAACAUUUAUUUUGGUGCUUUCCCCAACUCUGCUGGCCCAGGUGGCUGUUUGCCUCUAACACAGGCCCUGUAUCUCCCAUCCUGUGCUCAUUUAUAUCUCUAAGGCAGCAAAUGGCCUCCAAGGUUGACACAGGCCAGCUGUGGAUGGUUAAUUGCAGUGUAGACCUACCCUCAAAACACAAGCCCCGGUGCCUACCCUGCUUGACAGUGAUUGACUGAACGUUUGCUAAUGAUUACUGAAAGAUCUGUGGUGAGGAAUACUUUAUGUUGGGAAAACUCAGAGCUAAACUUUUUUGAAAGAGCUUUUGUAUUCUAGUUUGACAUAUUUAAAUGUUUGUAUUUUCAUAUUGAUUCCUAAUCAUAAGGGGGACUUGUGUGUCUUUGUAUAUUGAGCUAAAUUAUAAUAUCAAAUACAUAUUUAGUAACUUUUUCAUGCUGGUCAUGACUAGGGCUGCCAAUUUUGGUGGGACAUAUUCCUGGAGGUUUCAUCACAUGACAUAAUCUUUAAUUAAAGAUUAAUCUUUAAUUCCUGGGAACUCCAGGACAAUCCUGGAGGGUUGGCAACCCCAGUGACUGAUUUAAUGACAAAAUAUAGCUGCACGUAAUGCAGCACACUUUCAUGGAUGAAUCUUUUGUGCCUUUUAAUAAUGUAGGUAUACACUAGUGUUUGAGUCAGUCAGGUAAUGCUUUGACAAACUUUUUAACAGUUUAUUACUAUACAGAUUUUGUACGAGAGUUAUUGGAUGUUUGGCUAAUUUAAAUCUUGUAAAUAUUGUAUUUUCCCCUCCAAUUAAAUUAACUAGAUUGCCUAUUGA